UCAACAUUCGUCGAAAAUGUCAAAUUAAAUUUCUGCGCUGACGAACAUUUGAGCCUGUCGGCUCUUCGCGUCGCGCUUUGUAUGUGCUUUUGAGAAAGAAAAUUGAGCGCUGCCUCGCGAGGCGACGUGUUGACGUAAAAGGCGAAGAUGUCUUCUAAGAGCGAACUUAAGAAGUUAUCAGAAGAGAGCUUAACGAGACAACCAGAGGAAGUCUUUGAUAUAAUAUGUAAAUUAGGAGAGGGGUCAUAUGGAUCUGUAUAUAAGGCAUUACAUAAAGAAAGUGGUCAAGUGCUUGCAAUUAAGCAAGUGCCUGUCGAUACCGAUCUUCAAGAAAUUAUUAAGGAAAUUUCUAUCAUGCAGCAAUGUGAUUCUCCUUAUGUAGUCAAAUAUUAUGGAAGCUAUUUCAAAAAUACUGAUUUAUGGAUUGUAAUGGAAUAUUGUGGUGCUGGAUCUGUUAGUGAUAUUAUGAGGUUAAGAAAGAAAACAUUGCAAGAGGACGAGAUUGCUACAAUUUUAAGUGAUACGUUAAAAGGCUUGGAAUAUCUGCAUUUAAGAAGAAAAAUACACAGAGACAUUAAGGCGGGAAAUAUAUUAUUGAAUAAUGAAGGACACGCUAAGUUAGCUGAUUUUGGUGUUGCGGGUCAAUUAACAGAUACAAUGGCAAAACGUAAUACAGUUAUUGGAACUCCGUUUUGGAUGGCUCCAGAAGUUAUUCAAGAAAUAGGAUAUGAUUGUGUAGCAGAUAUUUGGUCCCUCGGUAUAACAGCUCUUGAAAUGGCUGAAGGCAAGCCACCUUAUGGUGAUAUUCAUCCAAUGCGAGCAAUUUUUAUGAUUCCAACAAAACCACCACCUAGUUUCAGAGAACCUGAUCAAUGGAGUCCAGAAUUUAUCGAUUUUGUUAGUGUGUGCCUUGUCAAAAAUCCCGAGGAAAGAGCAACUGCUAGUGAAUUACUGAAUCACGAAUUCAUAGGCAACGCAAAACAGCCAAGUAUUCUUAGUCAAAUGAUCACGGAUGCACAUGAAAUCCGAGAGAAACAAAGUACUAAUCGUGCUCAUAUAAUAAAUAAUGUAGCGAUUAAGGGACAAAAUAAUGCCGAUGACUCGGACGAUGACGAUUGUACGGGAACUAUGAAACCAUUGCCGGAAGAUCAAGGAACAUUGGUUCCAAGUCAUGAUCUUCUAGAUACAGGAACACUUACUUCGGCUAUGCUGGAUUUAGGGACAAUGGUUAUAAAUAGUGAUACUGAUACCGAAGCAACGAUGAAAAGGCACAAUACUGGAUCAGUUGAAUCAGGAAAAAAGUAUCGUCCUUUAUUUCUUGACCAUUUUGAUAAAAAAGAAUCACCAGAAGUGGAAAAAGGAAACGGUCAAAUACAUUUGGUACAAAGUCUUGAAUUAGAAACUAAACCAGAAGUACAAAGUCCAUUAGAAUCACAGAGGUUUCAAAGCCAUUUACAAUUACAAUUAAAUCAAAUUUCACAUCCAAUGCCAGAACAGCCUCUUAACAACAUAUCAAAAAUACAAAAUGUAUUUAAUGAACGUGAAUUUGAUUUUUUGAAGUUUCUUUCUUUCGAAGAAUUGCAACAGAGAAUGGAGAAUCUUGACGAUGAACUGGAGAAAGAAAUAAACGAAUUGAAAAAAAGGUAUCAAACUAAAAGACAACCUAUCCUCGAUGCCAUGGAUACAAAACGAAAGCGCCAACAAAAUUUUUAAUGGUUAGGAACUUUUUAAUUAAAUAUGAAACGCGUGUGAUAGAUCCGAUGGUGUACAGAUGUAUAAAUACAUAGAUAUUCUAUAAUCACAGUUCUGACUUCGCAAGAAAAAAAACAAUAUCGUUGAGAUAUUAAUAAAGCUUUUUCCUUACGAAAUCAGUGAAUGAAAGGAAUAUAAAGGAAUACUAGCCAAUAAUUUCACGUCACCAGUGUAAAUUGUUUUACAUGAUUCAGAUAAGAAGAACUACGAUAAUACUUAAUUUUUUAUUACUUGAACGUAGUUAUUGUUAAAUAUACUAUUCUUAUAGAAAUAUAAUACUUGAUAUAAUGCCGUUUAGCGGAUUAGAGAAAAAAAUAAUAACACAUUGAUGUAUAUCGAUGCGUAUGUAUAUAUGACAGCUAGACUGCUAAUUUUGCACGAAAAAAUUUUUUAUA